GUAGCGCGGAGCUUGUAAAACACCCUGGAGAGAAAAUGGCGGCGGCGGCGGCUACGGCGGCUUCGGCGCCUCAGCAGCUCUCGGAUGAGGAGCUUUUCUCUCAGCUCCGCCGUUACGGCUUGUCUCCGGGUCCCGUGACAGAGAGCACCCGGCCGGUCUACCUCAAGAAGCUGAAGAAGCUUCGCGAGGAAGAGCAGCAGCAGCAGCAGCACCGGGCGGGGGGCCGCGGCAACAAGACGCGGAACAGUAAUAACAAUAACACGGCGGCCGCGGCGAGUGUAGCCGCGGCACCGGCGGGGAUGGGGGUCCGGCCGGGCUCGGGGGACCUCGCGUACUUACGGACUCCCGCGGGCCUCGGCCGCCUGUCGGCCUCCGCUCCGGAGAGCCCGGCGGGAGGCUCCGGGGUCGCGGCGGCCGUCCCCGCGGCGGGCAGCAAAGUGCUGCUGGGCUUCAGCUCCGACGAGUCGGACGUGGAGGCCAGUCCGCGGGAGCAGGCGGGCGGCGGCGGAGCGCGGAGGGACCGGGCUGCUCUCCAGUACCGCGGGCUCAAAGCGCCACCGGCGCCCCCGGUCGCCGGUGAGGCGACGAGCGGCAACUCGGCCGAGCGGAGGAAGCCCCACUCGUGGUGGGGGGCGCGGAGGCCGGUGGGCCCCGAGCCGCAGCUCCCGUCGGGGAGCGACGGGGCCGCGGAGGACGUGGACGAGGAGGUAGCGGACGGUGAGGACAGGGACCCGGAGGCCGAGGAGCCGCUGUGGGGCAGCCGAGCCGUGAACGGCAGCCGGCUUCUCCCCUACAGCUGCCGGGAGCAUUACUCGGACUCGGAGGAGGAGGACGACGGCGGCGACGUGGCCUCGGCCAGACAGGUAUUAAAGGACGACUCCCUUUCCCGGCAUCGACCCAGACGGAGCCAUAGUAAGCCGUUCUCCGCGCUGACUGCUAAAUCUGGCGGCAGCCGGCAGGAGACUUCAGUUCAGGGAGGGGGAGGACUCGAGAUGAAUGACAGGGCGGCGGCUGCCGGGAGUCUAGACAGGAGCCGAAACCUCGAGGAGGCGGCGGCCGAGCCGGGAGGCGGAGGAGGAGGAGGGUGCGAUCAAGUGGACUCCAUUCCUCGAUACCGUGCUGGCGCGAAGAAGCUGGCACCGCUCCUGUCGCCGCCGCGUCCCGACGUGGACUCAACCUUGGAGUCGUCCACAGGGCUCCUCAAAACCAAUAAUCACAUAGGCGGCGGCGGGGCCUUCGGCGUGGAUUCCCCCAGUCUGUAUGCCAACAGCAUCCCUCCAGGAGCGGCCGUGACCGCCCCUGGUUCACUCAGGAUCAACCACGCCAACCAUACCGGCUCCAAUCAUACCUACCUGAAAAACGCCUACAGCAAGCCGAAGCUCUGCGAGCCCGAAGAGGAACUUCUCCAGCAGUUUAAACGUGAGGAGGUGUCUCCGACGGGGAGUUUCAGUGCUCACUACCUGUCGAUGUUCCUCCUAACUGCAGCCUGCUUAUUUUUCCUAAUAUUGGGACUGACUUACCUAGGAAUGAGAGGGACGGGAGUACCCGAGGACGGAAGACUCUUAAAAAACCCCUUUGAUGAAACAUUUGGAAAAAUACAAGCAAGUGAAAAAAAUCUUAUGAUGAGCACAUUAUACAAACUUCAUGAUCGAUUGGCUCAGAUUGCAGGAGAUCAUGAAUGUGGCCGUUCCAGCCAAAGGAUGCUUUCUGUCCAAGAAGCAGCUGCAUAUUUAAAAGAUUUAGGUCCUGAGUAUGAAGAUGUAUUUAACACUUCACUGCUGUGGAUUUUUAAAAAUGGGAAAGACGUUGGAAUAAGGUGUGUUGGUUAUGGACCUGAGGAAGACCUGACAAACAUAACCGAUGUGCAGUUUUUACAGUCCACCAGACCACAGAUGCCGUUCUGGUGCCGUUUCCGCCGUGCUUUCAUUACCGUGACCCAUAGGUUACUGCUGUUGUGCUUAGGUGUAGUCCUGGUCUGUGCUGUCCUCCGUUAUAUGAGAUACCGCUGGACGAAGGAGGAAGAAGAGACAAGGCAGAUGUAUGACAUGGUGGUGAAGAUCAUAGAUGUUUUACGAAGUCAUAAUGAAGCCUGUCAGGAAACUAAGGACUUACAGCCUUACAUGCCUAUUCCACAUGUUCGAGAUUCCCUAAUACAGCCCCAGGACAGGAAAAAGAUGAAGAAAGUUUGGGAAAGAGCUGUUGACUUCCUUGCUGCUAAUGAGUCUAGAGUGCGAACAGAGACUCGAAGGGUGGGUGGUGCAGACUUCGUAGUCUGGCGGUGGGUCCAGCCUUCUGCAUCUUGUGACAAGACGUCAGUCAUACCCUCUAAAGUAUGGCAAGGUCAAGCAUUUCAUUUAGAUAGAAGAAAUUCACCACCAAAUAGUUUGACGCCAUGUUUAAAGAUUCGGAAUAUGUUUGACCCAGUUAUGGAAAUAGGAGAUCACUGGCAUCUGGCAAUUCAAGAAGCAAUUUUAGAGAAGUGUAGCGAUAACGACGGCAUUGUUCAUAUCGCGGUAGACAGGAACUCCCGUGAGGGCUGCGUGUAUGUUAAGUGUCUGUCUCCGGGACACGCUGGGAAGGCUUUUAAAGCCCUGCACGGCUCCUGGUUCGAUGGAAAAUUGGUAACAGUAAAAUACUUACGACUAGAUAGAUACCACCACCGCUUCCCCCAGGCUCUUACGUGCAGCACUCCCUUGAAGCCAUCAGACAAACACAUGAACUCCAUGUCUCACCUGCGCCUGCGAACUGGCCUAGCUAAUUCUCAAGGAAGUUCCUGAAAAGAUGUCUUCACUCCUAGGACUGUUCAUUUAAAUAGGAAAUUCCCAUUUGGCUUCCUGUCUUCCUUUUAAAAUGCUUUUUGUAUGUAAUAUUUUUAUUGCUGAAGACAGCUGUUUGAAAGUUCCGGAAAUCUCACGGUUCCAAAUGGAUUCAGCAGUGAGGCAGCAAUGCUCAGUAGUAGAACAGACUCCGUUUGGGAGCUCAGUUAAGCCAGCGCAUUUGGGGUUGUGCAUGAGGAACACUGACUUUAUAGUAAGCGAUUCAGAGAUGGUGGUCAUCUUUUUGCAGAAGUGUUUGAUAGCCACGUAAGUCUGGCAGAGCAGCCUUUGUGUUUUCCAUAAUUUGUGAACUAAUGUGAGUGUUUGUACACAGUGAGCUGCAUAGUUCCUUAUGGGCCACUGUGCUGAAACUGUUCAUUCCCACUUCAACUUUAGAUUUCUAUUGCUUGUGAAAGGUUCAUUUGCUGCCGCUGGGAUAUGGGGAAGUUUAUUUGGUUUUAAUGGUUACAUACAUAUGUAAGUGGAUGUACAUGUACUUAAAUUGGCUUUUGUAUAUAUGUAUAAAUGCUGAUGGUAGCUGAAAGUCUUGUUUUGUGAGAAUGUCUGCAUUAGCAGUAAAAUAAGCUUUCUAUUUUAUGCAUAAUCUAUCUGUAUAUAUAUAUAUGUGCGUAGAUGUGUGUUUAUGUACAUAUGUAACUGUACAUAUGUACAUAUCCACACAAAUAUAUACAUAAUGGCUGUACAGUCAUAGAUGAUCAAGCAGCCAAAUACCUGGAAGUAUUAUUACAUACAUGUUUAAAAUAUCUUUUAUAGAUUUUAUAUAAAAAUACCCAAGUAUGGUUUUGUGUGAAAGUUCUGGCACCAGCUGUAAUGAGUUCAAAUUUAUGUGAGCAAUAAAGAAGCAAUUGGCAGAUACUGGAAAAUAUUUUGUGAAAAGCUGUAUUUAUUAUACAUACUGUGACUGUGACAGUACUAAAGGGAUUAUGUCAUUUCCCCAGGCUGUUUUGGGCUUAAAGAAAUGUUAGCUCCUGUUCCAUGUGCAGUGUAAAGCAGCAUGCGUUGCUGCAGCAGAAUGGACUGGACAAAUGAGCCUUGGAAUGCAGGGCCAUGCAAGUCUGCAAUGUAGAACAUGCACAAACGACCAGUGGUUUGUGCCUCAGCGUUUAUUUCAGUAAAGCUACUUUAUUACUGCUUAUGAUUUCAGAUCAAAAUAGUUACUGAUCAAGGUUUACUUGUAACCUAAAACUUGGCUCUUUGAAAACUAAGCUGCCAGGUAGACAGAUGCUUGUUGGUGCAGGUGAAGAUGUGGGGCAGCUGGAAUUCCACGAGUCUGAAUUGUUAUUUCGGUCCAGUUUCCUUUUUGUUGUAUAUGCGUUGGGUUUGCAGCAUGAACUUGCACAGAUAAUGCACGUUUUCUGGUUAAGUAAACAUGAUGCACACCGUUCUGUAACAGAAAACCCUUGUGCCUUACCUGUGUGCUUUUGUGGGCACCAUGUUUAUGAAGAAUAAAUGAUUUGUUAUCUGAAGAGAAUAAAUUUUAAAUUCUCAAUCUAUGUCUCAGAUGCUAACGUGUUAAAAUAUAAAUAUAAAUAUAUAUAAUAUAUAAAGUAACCAAUCUUCCUGUAUUUUAUGUGCAUCAUAAUGAUUUAUUUGAGCUUAGUGACCCAAUCUUGUAACCUGUUGCAAGAGUGAAUGUAAAAUACAGUUGUGGCAUUUAAACAAGUCACCUUUUGAUGCAGAUACAUCCUUUUGUUGCUUCUAAGAUAUAUUUCAUGUAAACAUUGUACAUUUAUUACUGUAAUAUAUACAUUACGCAGUUUAUUUUACCUGCAACUCUUAAGUCGACCAAGAGUCCUCCCUGUGAGGCAGAUGGGAAUGUGUAUAGUAAGUAGGUAUUUGAAAAGUUCUGCUUUGAUGUAAUUUGUUUCUUGUUCUGUUUAAAAAAGAAGGAAAACAUUCUAAUUAAAAAUUUACUAGGUUUUUUUU